AUGGUGGAUGAUGUGUCGAUCGCGCUGGUGCGGGCGGCGAUUAAGGCGACGACGAGUGGACGGGGGACGGUCGCGUGCGCGGCGCGAAGAUUGGAGACGGACGCCGAUCGCGCGCUCGCGGCGGCUGACGAGAAGGAUAGCGCACGGAGCUCGAUCAGCGCGGACGGGAGCGUGAGUCGAGAGGCGCAUGAACUGGCGAUGCUCACGGCGGCGAUCGCGAGGAGUGGGAUACGGACCAAGGGAGACGUAAGUUAUAGAAUCGUGUGCGCGUCGGCGGACUCGCGAGGAACGUUGGCGCAAUCGAGCACCGCGAUCGAGCAGUGUUCGAUGACGGUGCGAGACGCGAACUGUUGCGUCGACGUUGCAGGCUGGACGCUGUGUUUCUUCACCGCCACCGGGUGGGAGGGAGAGGGUGAAAACGACUUGGAGGCGGCGCUGCAGGACGCGUUGGACGCGGACAAGGUCUUCAACCAGUUGGGGAAGCGAACGAGAACGGUCGUGCACAGACGAUCGAGAUUGAAACACGAAGGAUCGCCCACGACGUCCAACGGCGACGGGGCUUCGCGAGUGGCUUUACGACGGAUGAAUUCCGCCGAGGCGGGUGAGUCAUCGGAACUCUCCGAGGACGACUCGUUCAACGGUUCAAGGGAGCGCGAGACCUCGAGCGUCGAGCGAGUUGGGAGUCCUUCGCUUGAUGAUUGUACAAAUAUAGUGAGCGAUAUAAACGGGCGUGAACUCAAUAUCGGAGAAAAAGUGAGCAGUGGGUCGUUCGGCGCGCUCUACCGCGGCACGUACUCCACUCGCUCAGAUGAUGGAACUCUCAACCGGCGAGUCGUCGCACUCAAGUACUUGAAGUCGGUCGACAACGGCGGAAAUUUUGACGCUCGGCGAGACUUUUUUCAAGAGGUACGGAUCCUGCGAAAAAUCAAUCACGAGAAUGUCAUAGGAUACGUCGGUUCAGUCAUCGAGGGACAAGACCUCUGCUUGAUCACAGAGUUCGCGGGAAACGGGAAUUUGAUAGAUUACAUGGCUGCUAAAAACAGACCAUUUGGGACGCGAGAGGUCGCGCGCAUCACACUUGGCAUCGCUCGAGGAAUGAAUUUUAUACACGAGGGGUUGAAGAUGAUGCAUCGAGACUUGAAGGCGUCAAACGUUUUGCUCGACGACUCCCUCACGCCGAAGAUAUGUGACUUCGGGCUCGCUCGUGUGAUGGCGAAAAAUCCGGGACAAAUGACGGCAGAGACUGGAACUUAUCGAUGGAUGGCUCCCGAAGUCAUCGGUCACAUGCAGUACGACUACAGCGCCGACGUGUACUCGUUUGCUAUCCUGUUCUGGGAAAUACUCACCGGUGGUCAGGUACCGUUCGCUGAACUGAACCCACUUCAAGCGGCGGUCGCAGUCGUGCAGAGAGGCAUGCGUCCAGAAAUUCCUCGCAACUGUGAUCCUUAUCUCGUCGAAAUCAUGCGAAAAUGCUGGAAAACUGCCCCAUCGGCGCGACCAACUUUCCGCGUGCUCGUCGCCAUGUUCGAAGCAUACCUCGAUGUGUUGCCAGAACGAGAGCAAGCCGAGGAGAAGAAGCAACGUCCCUUCUCAAAGUUCUUCAGAUGGAAGCAAAAAAAAAAAUCUUGCAACUAA